UCACACACGUUUGAGUACUCGAAGUGAAAUGUCGACAAAACACGAGCAGUACAGCAACUGCUCAUGUUUUCAAUUUGUCUGCUUUGUUUUGUGCCUGUCUUGCUCUUGGUCCAGUCUUGUUGGAACUGUGAGCAGCUGGUGAAUGUGCUUACUUGAAGGGUGCCAAUACUAGCAAUCGGGAACUCCUGUUUUCAGACUUCACUGCAUGCCGCGCUGCUUGUCCGACUGUAGCUAAGAUCCCGACUACAAAAGUCGGCAUAGAUUGCGAAAACAGCCUAGUCCCGUUGGAAUCAGUUUCGUAUUCCUCGACCAAGCUUUCACCUCGCUGUAGCUGCUGUGCAGGUUCUACCAAUCGCUGGGUACCGCUGAGUUGCAAACAAUGGCAUUGCCUAGACUGAUUGAACUGGUCCUCUUAGUGUCCCUGUGGGCUGCAGUGGCAAAUGGAGUCAACCUCCUUCCUUCCUUUGUCGGGAAGGCCGAUCCGUCAUGUAACCCUGGGUAUUACUAUUUCACACCUGUGCCUAAUUUCCCUGGAGACCCAGGUUGCCGAGAUUUGGAUGAAUGCACCAGCAUCAGCAGGACUCCCUACUGUAAUAUACUACAGGAGUGCUAUAAUACCAUAGGAAGCUAUACGUGUUAUUAUCCAGCUCGUGUGUUUCCAAGCAGGUACUCGCGCGAUGGUCUCAAUAUUACAAAGGUGGCCCAUACUGCGAACACUGCACCGAAGUUCAGAUUCCAGUGCAAGGCGGAAUACUAUUCAUACUGCACGCCAGGCGCUACCUGCGUGGCUGACGAUGGACUUUUGCCAUACGGGAGACUGUGGAGUGGAGGACAUCGGUUCUACAAUCUUCCAGAAUGCCGGCAAUUGCAGGCCAGUAAUUGUGCAGGAGUUACAAGUUAUUACAGCCAGACACCCAGUACACACGCUGGCGCUCAGAAAGCAUGCAGACGGCUCAAUAUGCGACUAGCAACUGCGUCCUUCACCAGAAUACAGUUUACCGAUGAGGCCAGUCAGUGCCUGGGCAAUGCGCUCUCCAAUCCUAUAUGGAUUGAUAAGAGCUAUGUUGCGCAGUUCAGCAAUUCUCCAAGCCACUUCUGGCCUGUGCCGCUUCGCCACGUCCAACAACGCUCCGUGAAUGGUAUUCUUUGUUUGCCAGAUUUAUAUCAAUACAUUGUGAACCGCAAAGUUCUCAAGCUAGGACCCCAUGCAAUUUACACAUGCCACGGAGGCAGAAAGCUCUACUACAUUGCUAGCGACGGAGGUCGCAAUUUUACAGAAGCCGUCCACGCUUGCCAGGAGAGGGCUUACCAGUUGCCUGCUGGCAUAAUGAAAGGCUGCAUGAUACACUUUGCAGAAAGGCUAGGGUUUUCCGUCUCAGCCGGAGAGGGAACUGCUUGGAUUGGGGUAUUAGAUACUCCUAACACAGCGUACGCCACAAGUGGGUAUACUUACUUCUUCCAUGUGAGACAACGCCUGACCAUCUGUGCUACGUACUGAGUGGCAGCCGUCAUGCACAAGUGUUGCCUGUGGCCGGUCCUGGGCUGCUGCUGCACACUACUACCAUACAGUGGCAUUACAAGACCGCCGGUGACUCUUCCCGUACAAGAGCCAGCUGCAGAUCCGAAUAUUGCCAACACACACGUGCCCCACAUUCUCUCUGACAGCUUUGGUCAUCGCGGCUAUUAGAGUCAUUGUAUUACUCCAAUCCUCAAUCAGUCUUGAGCUGGCCCCAGAUCGUACUGAAUCAGGUUGCAUUAUUUUAACUGGGAUUUGGAGGGAUAUCAACAUACUUUCUACACAUUGAUAUCAUAGGUGAUAAUGGCUUCUUCCUCAAGUUGUCCAUUUGUUCUAUUUUUAUCUGAUUAUAGUUGCCAGUAUGAGUUUGAGUUUUGCCAGAGCCAGUUACUGUUUAUUGACAUGCACAACACCGAUGCAAGAUUGAAAGUAACGUUCGUUAUCGAGCAGUGUUGUCCACCAUGUUGAGACUCACGGCACGCUCUGUGCUGU